GGAGAAAAGGAUGUGGAGCAGAAAAAACAAGAUGAGAAGACGGAGCAAGAAAUUCCUCCGUUGUACUUCAUGAAUCUUAAACUUGUUGUUCCUGGAUGUAAUGAAACAGUUACUGUACAGGUAACUUACUCAUUUGAGUUCUCAAAAAUUCUCAACAACUGAGAGAGUUUGGGAGAAUUUGUAAAAAACGAUUUGUAAAUAAUCUUAAUUAACAUUCUUUUAAAUUGGGCAAACAUAAAUUCUGUAUUUUCUUGUAUUUUCUGUAUUUUCAUAAAUUCUGUAAUUCUGUAUUCUGUUCCUUCAAUAAUCCACCGCGUUUACCAAAGAUUCUUUUAUUCUAGAUAUCUUCUCACGAAACAAUCCAAGAUAUACGUCAGGUUGUGUUAGAUCGUCAAGAAAGUUGCUUCAGAACGUGCGUUUCGCUUCAUUUUGAUGGCAAACGAUUGGAUGACUUUGCUGAACUUCAUACAAUUGAGGGAUUGAAGGAUGAUUCUGUUGUCAAGAUUGUUGAAGGUUUGAUGCUUUUCCAGAUUUUUCUCUUGAUUAUCCUUAACAUUUAACAAAGCUUUCAAGUAUGGGAGUAAGGGUGUGGCAUUGAAGAGAAAUGUUUUUCUUCGGUAAAAAUGUUGCAGAUCCAACCAUUAAAAAGUCAAAAUUUUUUAUCCUACUUAAAUAUCAAUGGACCUAUUACCUAUAAUAACCAAAAUUUUGAUCUCAACAAGUCUAGACAAAAAUUUCACCACAGCUUGAAAGAGCAUCACAAAAUUAGUAAUAUUCCGACGUUUCGUUGCGAAAUGUUGUAAAAUGCGGAUAAUAUAGCCUUGCGAAGUUUGCCGUUUUUCAGUCAUUUUGUAUUUUACGCACGGGAAUUUGGUACCGCUUUCUGAAAAAAGGUAUCAAUUUCCCGCGCGUAAUACAAAAUGACUGAAAAACGGCAAACUUCGCAGGGCUAUAUUAUCCCCAUUUUACAACAUUUCGCAACGAAACUUUGGAAUAUUACUAAUUUUGUGAUGCUCUUUGAAGCUGUGAUGAAAUUUUUGUCUUGACUUGUCUAUAGAUCAAAAUUUUGUUUGUUGGGGAAUAGGUCCAUUAGGCUAUAUAUUUUCAAGUAGUCUAAGUUUCUGUUUUCAUUUCAGAAUCGUAUUCAGUUCGAGAAGCUCGUAUUCACGUGAGACGGUUGCGAGAUUUACUGAGUACAUCAUUUGAAAAUAAUGCGCAUAAUGCUGCUGAUAACUUAUCUCUCUCGUUUUCUGUCGCUGUCUCUGGUGUCGAAGUUGAAGGUAUAGCAUAUGAUUAUUAUCUAUGGAUAUAUAAUCGAUUAUAAAUUAUCAAGUAUAGGAAACUUAGUUGUUUGAGCAUUGUAAUUAGUUCUACAUGUAUAGUUAAUUAAAUAAGAAAUAUGUGUUUCAAUAUUUUUAUGAUGUUGUGGUUGAUUUACACUAUCGAACUCUUUGUGAUCACAGUGGCCCAUGAGCUUAUUUCCAGAGAUUGUAGGGUCUUAGCCAGAGGGGAGGGGGCUACAUUUGCAAGUUGAAAAAAUUGCUCGACUGUCGUGGGAAUCAAACCGGCGACCUUUAAGGCCAUGUUACACGGUGCAAUUUUUCUUGCAACUUGCAAUGCAAUUCUACUCUUGAGAGAUGUAAAAUUGCCAAAUACGAGUAUUCAUUACACUCAGCUGAUGUUUUCUAGUCAACAUAUCGAAAAUUCUUCACUGAUUUCACUAAUUAACAUCUCUCAAGAGUAGAAUUGCAUUGCAAGUUGCAAGAAAAAUUGCACCGUGUAACAUGGCCUUUAAUUGCAUUCUUGUUGUGUUGUAUUUUCAGAGGAAGUGAUAAAAACCAAACGGGAUACUAACAAUACAGUACCCACAGAGGAAUGUACACCACCUGAUCAUGUCUUUCCUUCUGAAGAACAACCUCUCUCUAUUGGCGCAUUGUUCCCUAAAUCCGUCGCACCUAAGGUAAGGAACAUUGAAGACCUAACCAAAGCAAACUGUAGCGAUUCACAGUACAGUAAGGACUCUUUGUGAAAUAUGGAGGGGGGGGAGGUUUAGGUUGCUUAUACAAUCUUAUUUUUCAAGAGGAGAGCGCUGACGCUCAAUGGGUUAAAGUUCAUUCUAAUAUAUAGAUUAAUUUAUAGAUUAUCAAUGCUUUUAUGGUUGAAAUAUUAGUGUUACAGCUUUGUUACACACGCAGUUAUUCAGCUAUCAUUCAAAGUCUUUCAGAAAUGAUUGGCCAAUCAGUAGACAUAUUAACAUAUAUUUUAUUAAUCUUGCAUUUUAUUCUAUUUUUAGGUGCCAAUCUGUGUGAAAGAGAUAUCUUUGAGUAGCUGGAAUCCACCUCCCGGACAUCGUAAAUUAGCGGGUAAGGGGGAAACCGUGUCUAAAUUUCGUCUCUUUUACCCCCGUCCUCUAUUUUGCUAACUUUCGUAAUAAGCCCCCAUACGUGCAGUCACGGACAACUUCCCUUCCACAGAAAACGGUUCGCUUCCACGGAAAACGGUUCCCUUCCACAGAAAGCGGUUCCUUUCAAUAGAAAACGGUCCCCUUCUCCAGAAAACGGUUCCCUUCUCCAGAAAACAGUUCCCUUCAACAGAAAACGGUUCCCUUCAACAGAAAACGGUUCCCUUCUCCAGAAAACGGUUCCCUUCAACAGAAAACGGUUCCCUUCUCCAGAAAACGGUUCCCUUCAACAGAAAACGGUACCCUUCAACCGAAAACGGUACCCUUCUCCAGAAAACGGUUCCCUUCUCCAGAAAACGGUUCCCUUCCACAUAAAACGGUUCCCUUCAACAGAAAACGGUUCCCUUCCAUGACAGGGCGAGUACAAGGGGGUACACCCACCACGACAAAUACAACAAUUCAUAAUAUUUUCAGCGUGCACUUGUUGAUGUUAACUUGGUUUGGGGAGAGAGGAGGCGUAUCUAAAUCUUCUUAAAUAUGGAGGGACACGCCCCUUACACUCCUACCCAAGAAAAUCUGCGUGCGGAUUCCCAAUAUGCUGUAUUUUGUUUCAGGUGAUUUGCUGUAUAUCGACGUGAUAACUCUCGAAGACGAUCACGUGAACGUCACGUCCUGUCCAUCGGGCUUCUUCAUAAACAGGUAAACCCGCCUCGCAUUUACUAAAUGCUGGUUCACACUAUCAAAGUUUCUGUGAUCACAGUAAAAAGUUUGCAUUGGUAAAUUUUGAAGCAUUUGUAAGAACUGUUUGAGAAAACUCACUCCAAGUCCGUUCUCUCAAACAUUUCUUACAAAUCCUUCAAAACUUAGAAUUUACCCAUGCAAAAUUCCUACUGUGAUCACAGAAACUUUGAUAGUGUAAACCAUCCUUUAUAACACUCAGUAAGUUCCCUCAAACAUUUCUUACAAUUCCUUCAAAACUUAGAAUUUACCUAUGCAAAAUUCCUACUGUGAUCACAGAAACUUUGAUAGUGUAAGGCAGAC